CUGAAACAAUAAGCAGAGAGCUGAAAUAUCAGUGAUAAAAUUAAACUGUAAUGAGAUUAAACAGUGGCUCUUCUAUCAGACCCUCCUUGUGCAGAGAUAAUUACCUGGGAAGUGCAGUGAGCACACUGUGAGCGUGGCCAUGGGUUGGGAUGGGGACAGUGCUGGGCUCAGCACUGAGGAUGUGUCCAAUGCACACACCUUGCCUUGGUGCACUGACCCAACCCAAUGGGGAUGCAAUGGGUGGGGGGCUUCACUCUGCACAUCCCUAUGUUAGCUGGGGGUGUGGGAUCUGUGUUCCAUUCCCAAUGUGUGGGAUAUAGGGAAGCAUCCCAAAAGAACGUGGCUAGGACGUUGUGUGAAGGACUGCACUUUGGGGCUUUGCUUCUCCAUCCACAGGCAUGAGGCAUCGCUGCCACCUGCACGUGGGAUUCCUCUUUGAUUUAGAGGGAAAAAGGAAAGGGGAAAAGAAAUCCGUGUGGCUGUGUGAUAUAAAAUCUGAGUUUGGAUCUCUGUAAGUGCACGGAAAACAACAGGCUUUUUAUGUUGGCUCUUGGGGUAGGAGGAGAGCAGGCUAGAAUAAAGAUUUACAGUGUUUGGGAGAUUAAAGGCCCUUGGUACAUUGUUCAAAUACCACGAGAUUAGUUUCCAAGGAGACGGAUACCAGUUGCCAUAGGCACCGGGGGGCCAGGAAUUAGGAUUGCGAUUUUUUAUCCUGAUCACGCAAACAGUAGCUGAACGCUGCUAAAACUCCAGCUUUAAAUAACACGAGUGUUAGCUUACAUACCAAGAAAGCAGACUCUGGAAACUGGAUCCCAUCCUCUCCCUGCUCCCCAUCGCCCUUGGCUGGAGCCGUGCUUUGCGGUGCUGCACCUGGGUAUAAAGCCCAUAGGGUGCCAAGUGGUGUGGGGCACACACAGAUGUAGGUCCGUGGGUCAGGGUUUGACCCACUGUCACUCAACCCUAUGGUGUGGCCAUGAUGCUUAUCAUUACGAGCACCUCCUGCCCACCGGCCCCAUUUCGGCACUGAUGUGCAACCCCAAUCCCAGCCCCAGCAGCUCAUCCUGGCCUUGUCUCAUCUUUCUACCAAAGGCUUGCUCUCCUUUGGGGAUCUAUUCACAGCCGGCAGGUGCAGUGGUGCAGCAGAGCGAGCUCCCCGUGCCCUCACCUAAUUUUAGCAGCUGUGGGCCACCCGCUUCUGGGAAACGCAACCUGAGCCCCAGCAGCACGGCAGCACGCAUCCCAAGUGCUCCUCCCUGUGCAGCAUCCCUUCCCUGCCACGCUCUGUGUCUUUUUCUCCCAUUUCUGUUUAUUUGUUUAGUGUUUUCCUUAAUAAAUGAAGAGGUAACACAAAACGGGCGUGAGGAGAGAUGUUGUGAUGAGGCAGUAGUUAUGGGUUGGUGGAUAGUUAUAGGGCUGAGGUAUGUACAUAUGCCCUUGGAUGGUGUGCACGCUAUCAGGGAAGCGCAGAUACCCCAAAUACCAGAGACCUGGGAGGGCUGCGUUGCACCAUGAGGAUGAGACUGGAGAUUUUAGGUCUUUUGGAGGUAUUUUGAUGUUUGAGGUUAUUUAUGGCCAUUUCAUGAACGCCUGCUAUCACAGUUAUGUGUUGGAGCUGGCAUUGAUGCCGAUCGAGCUGUGGCAGGAGGGCUGUGCUGAAUUAGGUGUAGGGGAUUACAUCUGAGCGGGUUACGGGGCCGCCAGGGCACGCGGAGCAUUCAUUUAUCUCCUGCAAGCUGUGCAUCCAGAGCUGUUUGUCAGCCUCUUGGCGGGGCACAGCCAAUGCUUGGCAGUGUGUGAGAAAGCUGCCCGUGCUGGGCAGGCAUCCCCAGCACUGCGGUGAUGUUGAGCUGCACAUCAAGUCAAUGCGAGUCAAGUGUACGGUGCUCCCAGCCAAGCACCAAAAAGCUGACCUCAAAAGUCCCUGAGAUGUAUUAGGGUGGGAAAACGCCUGCAGGCAGCGUCCCCUUCUUACUGCCUUCCUGUGGCUCUUGUCCCAAACCCACGUCCCCAUGAGGGAUGUGUCAGAGCUGGGAGAUGUGGGGACUGUCCCUGUGCAGGAGGGCGGAUACUGGCUCUGUGCUGCUGAGCCUCAGCGGUGACAUUCAUUGUCCCUUUGGCUCCUAUCGGGACAGCUCAUGAUGAAUUUUAAAGCACAUUUAAUGAUAGCGAGGGCUAAUGACUUACGUGUCCUCCAGGGCUGCUGUGAUUUUUAGAAAUCCCCUUUAAAGGCGCCUUCCCAGAGUAGAAGGCAAUUACAGCCCUAUCACCGCCGUCUCAUUGCUACCUGUGGGUCCUCGUCACACGCGUCCUUCUGCCGCCAGCCCUUUGGGUGAUACUUCCUGGGUGACUCAGGAGCCCAAAUGCCAUCGUCUGAAGUCCUUUUGAUGCUGUGUGCCUGACCUGCCCCCGGCAGAGCUCCAGUGCCUGCCCCAGGCUGUCUCUCCCCAGCCCACAAGGUAUGGAUGCCCUAUGAAUCCCUCUUGUUAGUACAUACCCAUUUCUUUGAUGUGCACGUGGCCAUUCCCAUCCCAUAGCAUAGCUGACCCCGGUGCACACAGCCCUCCUGCCCAGCACAGGGCUUUGUCAUGGGUCAUUACCCAAAUAACGAGGUUUAUACCCUUUUUUUCCCCCUCCCCUUCUUGCAGUGGAACUCAGCUUUCGAUGUACCCCUCACUUUGUCCUAAUGGAACCUGUUUAUCAUUUGAAAGUUCCAACAGCGCCAUUUUCUGCUCGGAAAUUUCCCCUGGAGGGGGUGGGUUGUUCCAGCUUUGUUUCACUUGUUUGGCUGUUCUGUUUGCUCCCAGCGCUUUGGAAACGGUGACACAGCAGGCGGAUGUUUAUUUCUGGGAGGGGUGCACAGUACGGGCAGGCUGGGGACCAUGGCAUAGGGGCAGGAUGGGACUGGCAUGGGGAUGCCUUAUCCUCAUCCCCAUGGCAGCACCUGAACACCAUCCCCAUCCCUGCAGGACGAUGGCCCCUUGCUCAUGGAUCCGGCCUGCUCGCGUGUACUGUGCCCCCAUCCCACCUGCAGCCAGCCCUAAGUGGUGUAAGAAUGGUUUACCCCAGUUUCCCUCGAGCUUAGUUUCCCUCUGAUUAGACAAACAACUUCAAGCUGUACAUCUUAAUUUGAUUUGAAUAAGCCUAUCGUUCGCCAUGAAGUUUUUUUCCUCCCGUUUAUUCCCCCCCUACCCCCCUUCUUUCUAAAUCCGCUGUCACUGCUAUGCGUGACCAUAAAUGAUUAAAAGCUUUGUAGGAAUAUUUCUUCCCCCCACCUCACCCCCCCGUGAAAUCCCAGACAUAUUACUUGGGUCGUGUCUUGAUGUUCCUGGGAGGCAGCGGGACGAGGCUGCUGCAGUUGUGCUCAUUGCAGGUCUGCCACAACCCCAAUCCUCUGGGUCCUCUCUGCAACGCUGCCAUCCGCACCAACAACAACCGUACAACGGUGGCAAUGCGGAAAGAUAAUUAGGGCACUCAGAGACGCACGUCAUCAAAGUAAGGCUGUUUUCCAUGAAUGCUCGUUGUGGGGGCUAAGCAGUGGGAGCCUCCAGGUGAUGGAUGGCCCAAGCCUGGUGUGCAGCAUCACUGUGUGGCAUCACAUCCCGUGGUGGCUCUGCAGCACUGCCCGAUGCUCACAGGUGGCACAGGGCUGCCUGCAGGAUGCACUCACAUCCCUGCUUCAUUUUGGAAGCUGAUGAGUCUUUGGGUCCCUCCCCUCCCUUUUGGGUUCCCCCCUCCCCACUCCAACCCUAUUGCCAGCAUCAUCCUUGGGGAGAAAACUCAGCCGUCAGCUCCGCUCGGGCGGGCAGCGCCGCUCAGAAAUGUCAGCUGCUCGGAAAAGGAUUUUUCUGGGUCAGCGUUGGCGCAGCACAAGUGCUGGCGCAGCCUCAUUCACCACUCUGUGCCCAAACACACCCGCGUGGCCCCAACCCCUGUCAGGGUCCUCCUGGGUGUGUGUCCCAUUGGCACCCUGUGGGGUGGCCCUGGUUUGAAUCUGCAUGGCAGAUCUCAUUCUGUGCCCGUGGCUUCAUUCAUAUUCUUUGGCUCGCCCUGCCCAUCUCCCUCUAGUCUUGUCUCAUUAAAAAUUCCUUGUCCCCUUUUAUCUGCUCACAGCUUCAGUGCUUGAUUCAUGAGCCAGGUUGGAUGGCCAUCGUUCCAUCUUCUUUGCUGUCCUUUGUUUGGAGGUUGGAAGCCGGGCAGUGUUGUGUUGUAUGGGUUCUGUGUGUCUCCCCUUCCCCACAUCGCAUUGCUGGGAUUGAAGGAUGAAAUGCAUUUUGGUGCUUGUCUCCUCCACCUGUCUGACCAAAUGGGUGCUGUGAUGUGGCUCAAGCCAGUCCCAUUUUCCCCUUUUCCCCCCCAUUUUGGUGCUCCAAGAGCAGGUUCUGCUCCCCCCCGCCUCCAAACCCAAACCCAAAGCUUCUUCUGGGUGAGGAGCUGAUGAUUUGGAGGACAGUUUAAAAAAAGAAAGGGAAAAUACCCCAAAAAGCUCAAUUCCCUUUUCCUUUCUCCCCAUACUGAGCUGCUGUGUGUUGUCCAAAGUGAAGGCAGAUCACCCCGUGCCUUGAGGACACCUUUGCGUACCAGAAGCUCUCCUGAGUAUAAAGUGAAUAUGGCACUGGCAGGGAGGCCUCUAGAUGUGACCCUCGGCAGCUCCAGACCUGAGCAGUGGAAUAUGGUUUUUCCCCAGAAAGACGAAAUCAUCACCAGCUUAGUGUCUGCCUUAGACUCCAUGUGCUCCGCUCUGUCCAAACUGAACGCCGAGGUGGCCUGCAUUGCUGUGCAUGACGAGAACACCUUUGUGCUGGGCACUGAGAAGGGCAGAGUCUUCCUCAGUGCUAGGAAGGAGCUGCAGGCUGACUUCCAGAAGUUUUGCCGAGUCCAGCAGAGGAGGGAGCAGGAUGCAGAGGCACAGAAGAAGGCAAAGGAGUGCGGGCGAAGCAUGCUCAGGGUCUCCCCGGACCAGGGAUCAGACGUGUACCUCCUCAGGAAGAUGGUAGAGGAAGUGUUUGAUGUGCUUUAUAGUGAAGCUGUGGGGAAGAGCAGCGUGGUCCCUUUGCCCUACGAGCGCUUCCUGAAGGAGCCGGGACUGCUGGCGGUGGCCGGCUUGCCCGAGGGGAUCAGCUUCAAGAAACCCAUGGAGUACGACGUGAAGUCCCUGAUGGCCAUUUUAGAGCACAGCCACAGCAUCCGCUUCAGGCUAAAAAGGCCGACAGAUGAGCCCAGCAGAGAGCCGAACCAUAGCGUAGAGUUGACUUGUACCUCCCUCGUGCCCAAGGGCAGCCGAGACCCCGGUGCCAACAGCCACAUGGCCAAACCCUCAGGCCAGGACGCUCCCCCCGCCGUAGCCGUGACCAAUUUCUUAUAUGGUGUCUCGCUGCCUACGCAGAUCGCCAUGGACCUAAAGCAGGAGGUGUCCUCCGGUCUGCACGGGGCGACCAUGGCCAGUGAGGUGCUGCUGCCCAGGCCCUCGGGAGAGCUGAAGGUGCCUUCCUCACAGGAGUACAGCGACUGCUGUGGACAGAAAUCAGCUCUCUCCGGGGGUCCUCUCAUCCAGAAUGUGCACUCAUCCAAGCGCAUCCUCUUCUCCAUUGUCCACGACAAAACAGAUAAGUGGGACAGUUUUAUAAAAGAAACUGAAGAUAUCAACACCCUUAGGGAGUGCGUGCAAAUUCUGUUUAACAGCAGAUAUGCUGAAGCCUUGGGGUUAGACCACAUGGUUCCCGUCCCAUACCGGAAGAUCGCAUGUGAUCCCGAGGCAGUGGAAAUCAUUGGCAUCCCUGACAAAAUCCCCUUCAAAAGACCUUGCACCUACGGCGUCCCCAAACUCAAGCGGAUACUGGAGGAGAGGCACAACAUCCAUUUUGUCAUCAAAAGGAUGUUUGAUGAGAGAAUUUUCACAGGAAGUAAAUUUACCAAAGAUCCAACCAAGCUGGAGCCCUCUAGUCCCCCCGGGGAGAUCUCCCCCGAGCCGCACCGCGGGGCCGUGCUGGACCUGGCAGGGACGUCUCAGGCUACCAGCAGGUCAGAGAAAUGCAGCCUUCCUGAAAGCUGUGAACCAGGUACCUCAGGAGAGCUGGGUGGGAUCAGGCAGAUCAAAAUCGAGCCGGAUGAGCUGGACAUCAUUCAGAUCACUGUUCCAGACCGAUCGCCCAGUUCAGAUGAGAUGCAUGACCCUGUGAGCACGCACAUGGCCUCGGAGGAGUCGAGCUACAUCCUAGAUGCAGUAGCAGCAGGGACAGAGAAAGGGCCUGGUGAGGAGCCACGAAGCGAAGAGAAACAGAUGGAGGGAUCAGAUGGUAUAGGGGACGUUUUGAGUCAUUUGAGGAAACAAGUAGAAAUUUUGUUCAACACGAGAUACGCGAAAGCCAUAGGAAUAUCAGAGCCGGUCAAAGUUCCUUACUCCAAGUUCCUGAUGUACCCUGAGGAUCUGUUUGUGGUAGGUUUGCCAGAGGGCAUCCUACUGCGGCGUCCCAACUGCUUUGGGAUUGCAAAGCUGAAGAAGAUCCUCCAAGCAAGCAACAACAUCCAGUUUGUCAUUAAAAGACCGGAGCUGCUGGCAGAGGGCAUUAAGGAGAUGGCUUUGGACAGCCCAGGAGCUAAAGCUGCCAGCGACUGUGGGGAUGCACUGCUGGACGACGCCGUGAAGAGACAGGGCUUCCAAGAAAAUUAUGAUGCCAGGCUUUCCAGAAUAGACAUUGCAAACACACUGCGGGAACAAGUCCAGGACCUGUUCAAUAAGAAAUAUGGUGAAGCCUUGGGGAUUAAAUACCCUGUACAAGUGCCAUACAAGAGGAUCAAGAGCAAUCCGGGCUCGGUGAUCAUCGAAGGACUGCCCCCUGGCAUCCCCUUCCGCAAGCCAUGCACCUUUGGCUCGCAGAACCUGGAGAGGAUAUUGGCUGUAGCUGAUAAAAUCAAGUUCACAGUGACAAGGCCUUUCCAAGGACUCAUCCCUAAGCCUGCCCCUAGACGGAUAACGUCAUUGGAAAAAGCGUACGCUGCUUUGAAUGAUGAGGAUGACGCCAACAGGCUCGGGGAGAAGGUGAUUCUCCGAGAGCAAGUGAAAGAGCUCUUCAAUGAAAAAUACGGAGAAGCUCUGGGCUUGAACCGACCUAUUAUGGUGCCCUAUAAACUCAUCAGGGACAGCCCCGAUGCGGUGGAGGUCACCGGCUUGCCAGACGAUAUCCCUUUCCGAAACCCUAACACUUAUGACAUCCACCGGCUGGAGAAGAUCCUGAAGGCAAGAGAGAGCAUCCGGAUGGUGAUUAUCAACCAGCUCCAGCCAUUCUCCGAAAUCUGCACUGAGGCCAAACCAACAGAAAAAGACAGCGGUGUUCCCAAGCGGAAGAGGAAGAGGAUCUCCGAAGGGAACUCGGUAUCUUCCUCUUCCUCAUCUUCCUCUUCCUCCUCUUCCAAUAUGGAGUCUACAUCGUCAACGAAUCAGAUCUCGCUUGUGCAAUGGCCCAUGAACAUGUACAUGUUAGACUAUGGUGGUCUAAAUGUCCAGAUCCCAGGACCUAUUAACUAUUAGACCUCAAUACCGAAUAAGAACCUCAAAUGAAAGAAUAAAUAAAUAAAUGUAAUUUAUGUAAAAAGUGUAUAUUCCAAUAUGUAUCAAUGCCUUUUAGUUUUUCCAAUGAUUUUUACACUAUAUUCCUGCCAUCAAGGCCUUUUUAAAUAAAAAUAAAAAGUGUUGCCUUGCUCUUAAAA